AUGGAAAAUAUGCACAAACACACAGGUUGGUCAAAAAAAUUUCGUAUGAAACGGGGAAUUAAAGAAAUGCCUUCUUCGUUGGAUUCGUUCACCUUUGCUCAACCGGGACCCAGUAAUAGUAGUUCACGGACAUAUUAUCCAUCGGGGCAAGGAGAUAAUUUAUUGGAAGACAUUCCUGAUGUUGAAGCAUAUGAGAGAAAUUCGAAAUCUGGUACUUGCAAUGCUCCAUUGUCUCACGGUAGCUUAACGCGUUGAACAUAAUUUUCAAUUUUUUCUUCAAGAUUUCUCUCAAAUUUCCAUAGUUCAACAGCAAGCUGAUUUGUCAAAAUCUCGCAACAUGUUAUACAGUAAUGUGCGGCACAAAGUUAAAACUGAACAUCAUGAUGGUGAAUCGAAUACUUUGCAAUGUAUUGAUUUAAUAUAUAAUGUCCCCACAGCAGAUGAUCACACUCCAAUGACAUCGCCUACCGGAUCAACUACAAAAAUUAUACAACGGGGUGGUAUCAAAAUGGAAAUUCCGCCGUAUUUAGAUCCAGACAGUGUUGACGAUGAGCCUGAAGAAGGAGUGGUUUAUCCUGAACCUGACUUAUGUACGUUCAGAAACGAAAAAAAAACAGAAGAACGUAUUCAAAGCUUUUUUCAGUUGACAUAAAAAACACGAACAUGACAGAGUAUGACCUUGAAGUUUUGAAACAUGGAAAGCAAGCGGUGGAUGACACUAGGAACAAGAUCGAAGCACCUGACGCUAGUGCACCGCCCAACAAAAUUGUCGAAUACUUGAUGUUUUAUAGAACAGUAAGUUGAUAGAAAAUUUUUUUGAAGAUAUUAAAUUUGUAUUUUUCAGUUAAAAGAAGGUGAACUUGUGCAAUUGAAUGCGUACCGCACCAAACGAAACCGUUUGUCAUUGAAUUUAGUAAAAAACAACAUCGAUCGCGAAUUUGAUCAGAAGGUACUGAUUUCGUCUACAGGAAAGAAUAGCUCUGUUUUUCCAGGCUUGUGAAUCUCUUGUGAAAAAAUUGAAAGACAAAAAACAAGAUCUUCAAAAUCUAAUCGACGUUGUGAUCUCUAAUGGAAAAAAAUUCAGUGGAUGCAUUACGAUUCCGCGCACUUUAGAUGGCCGUUUGCAAGUAAGGAUAAAAGCUUGCAUGAUUUUUCGAAAUGUACGAAUACAAAUUAUUUAGGUCCAUGGUCGCAAAGGAUUUCCGCAUGUAGUUUAUGGAAAACUGUGGAGAUUUUCGGAAAUGACAAAAAACGAAACCAGACACGUAGACCAUUGUAAACACGCGUUUGAAAUGAAGAGUGAUCUGGUUGGUGCAGAUAACAACUAACAUCUUUCUUCAGCAAAAAAGAUUUAGGUCUGUGUGAAUCCUUAUCACUAUGAACUUGUUGUGGGAACAAUGAUCGUGGGACAACGAGACAGUCUUGACAACAGGGAGUCUGCAGUACCACCAAGGUUUACCCAAUAGAGCUUAAAACUCACAACAUUUAAAUGAUAGAUUCCAAACGCCGAAUCCUGUACCUCGUCAACAGUCCAUGGAAGAUAUGCACAGAAACUCAUUUUUGCCUAUGUCUUCGCAAAAUGGAGGAAUUUUACAGUCAAAUGUGCACAGUGUGCCGCCUCAAGUGCCAUCAGUGUCGCAAAUGCCUCCUCAGAACAUGCAUUCCAAUACACCGAUCCAUCACAAUAACGGCAUACAAUACGGGCAUUCAAUGCACGACCAUUCAGGCAACAGUAUGAUAGUGAGCCACAACCGUCAUCAUCCACAUCCUCCAUCUCACCAACAAUAUCCAAAUCAUCAUCCACAACAAAUGGCGAUUAAUCAUCAUCAGUCAAACCAAAUUUCCGUUGGAUAUCCUCCUGAUCCAUCGACAUCAAACAUCCAUCAGAAUAUCAGCGAAUUCGAAGAGUAUGCUCGUACCGCAAACUUUGGAUUCAAUAUCUAUUCAUUUCCUCCAUUUGCAAACCCACCGCCCUCAUUCAAUGAAUCGGAAACAGUUUCUCGAGGUAUUUGUUUCAAUCUUGAUCGUUAUUUAGUGACAGGAAACCUUAUUUUACUUUAAUAAUACGUGUUUCAGUUGAAUUAACCAAAGAAGCAAUGGUGACUCUCUCUACCUUCCGGCGAUUUUGCAAACAGGUUGUUAGAAUUUGCUUCACGAAAUUAGCAACAAAAAAAACAAUUUUCAGACGUUUGGUGAUCGAUUCUUCGACGAUGAUUAUGAUGAGUCUCCUCAAUCCACUGAAAAUAUACCUUCCAGUGUUAAAUACAUAAAGGUAAGAAAACAAAACAUCAGUACACAACGAUAGUUGAUCGCGCAUUCAUAGCGGUACGUUUUAAAUAGCUCGAUGAAAAAAUUUAACAUUUCUGAUUACGUUAUUUUUAAAUUAUGAAAAUGAUAACAUUAUAAAUUGACAUUUAACUUUACGGACUUUGCCGUCUCAAUCCCUUCGUAUAUAUUCAGAAAGACAGUAUGAUGUCAUUUUUUCAAAACAAUAAUACACGCAAACAGUGGAGAGAGACACAUAGAGACUGAGAGAAAAAAAGAAAACGUUUAAUAAAAGUGUUGAAAAACCAUAUAAGAUGACGCAAAGUGAAUCAUUGAUCACUUUUUCUUUCGUCAUUGUCACUGUUCAGUCAAACGAUUUUGCAGCAGAAACGCCCGGCAUUGUUGGGGGUGGAACAAUUCUGUAAAAGACUGGCUGAAGGAAACGUGUUAGAUGGCCCCAUUGUGCCUGACGAUGCACCAUAUCAUGACAUGUGCAAGUUUCUUCUGAGGUAAUAAAUUCAAAAUAUAAAAAUAGCUAUUUAUUUUGUAGAGUGACCUCGGAAUCUCUGACAAUGUCUAACGCAGAACCAAAUGCUAAAGAAGGUUAGUUGAAGUUAUGCUUUUUUUAUAAAAUGAUUUUUCAGAAAACGAACAAUGGGCAACUAUUGUGUACUACGAGUACAGAACUGCGCUUGCCGAACGAAAAGUUUUUCGAAGCGAAUUUCAUGUGGAUGGUGGGUUUAUAGCUUCAGACAAUCGGUUCAGUUUGGGACUUGAGCCAAAUCCGCUUCGAACUCAAACAGCUUACAAAAUUCGGUAGGUUGUUGUGAUUCAAAGAUGUCAGUUAUGUAUAGUAAUAUUCUCUUUAAGACAAGCAAUCAUUGAUGGAAUUCACAUUUCCUACAAAGAAGAUGGGAGUAUCUGGCUGCAAAAUUAUAUGAAGUGGCCAGUUUUCGUUACUUCCGGUUAUCUGGACGAACAAUGUGGAGGACUGAGAAUUGAUAAAGUGCACAGAGUGACCGGUCGUGCUAAGCUAAAAGUUUUUGGCUACGACAUCGUCAAGGAAAUUAUUCGAGACUCUUUGUACUCUAAACAAAUGGCAUCUAUGUUCAUGCGUGGAAUGGAAACACCAAUGGAUGAUAUUUAUCGCAAAAAAGACAUUGAAGAAGUUAAACGAGUAAGACACAUUUUUCCGUCUGGUCGAAUUAAUCUGAAUUAUUAAACAGGAAGCUGCGCGAACACCAGACUCAUUAAUUCGAUAUUGCUGUGUGAGGGUGUCAUUUUGCAAAGGAUUUGGUGAAACUUACGAUGCAAGGCCCUUUAUUACUAAUUGUCCAGUAUGGAUUGAGUUGAAAGUAAAUCUGUAAGAUAUACAAUCACAAAAAAUAAUGCACUGAUUCGAACAAUUCAGAAUUUAUAACUACAUGGAUGCAAUUCUCAAUGACAUUGCCAACAAAUACGAGCCGAUGGGAAUAGAAGAUUUUGCUAAAUUAGGAAUAAAUGUGUCAGAAGAUUGAAACAGUUAAUCUAAUUAAUGUGUCAAAAGAUUAAUAGAGUUAAUCUAAUCAACGUGUCAGAAAAUUAAAAGUCAUUCUCAUUUUUUUGUAGUAAUAAUAAUAAUAACUAGUCCAUGUAUUUUGAAGUAUACUACAUUUUGCUCGCCAUUAAAAAUUCACUGAUCAAUUCAAGUACGUUAUUUUAUCGAAGUUAUACCACAAAAACCGAUUUGACGAUUCUACAAGUUGCUUGAGAGGCACACUCUCCCAUCUUCGUACUGAGCAGUUUCUUACGAAAAAAAAACAGAGGAGCAUAUAUCCUGCGAUGAUUCUAAGGAAUUAUGAGUCGCGGAAAGUUCUUUAUCUUGAAGACUAUGUGAUCAUUUCAGCUUGAACGUUUUAGUCUGGCCGUGCGUGGAGCCCGUAAAAUCCACCAUUUUGAAGUUAUGGAUUGUUACUACGGCAGGUUCAGUUAUGAACGCACGGUGUUCAGCAGAUUUUAGGCAAUCAUCGCGUUCUUUUGGUCGCACCCCCAAUCGUUGUAUCUAGAGGACAACCUUUUCUUGACCGAAGCGGUAGAGAAGUAACCGUCCCAUCCCCGUAUCCAAUGCAAUAACUCCAAAAGCACUCGAACCAAAGUUGAGCGGAAAUGGAAUUUUGAAAUCCGGAAGACGGCAGACGGCAGACGGAAGAAAAUUUUUUUUACGGAAAACGGAAAACGGAAUACGGAAGAAAGAAUUUCUCACGGAAGACGGAAGAAAACUUUUUUCCCGGAAGACGGAACAAAAAAAAUCGUCAAUGCAGAACCUUUUUCUCCGGUUUUUUUUUUGAAAAAAUAACUAAACAACAAAAAUUUUGGAUCUGGGUCACUGCCCAUGGAAAUUCGCGUUCUUCGAGGCUAGUAAAUGGCUUCUGAAAAGCUAUUACUCUUUUAUGGGAAGAAGAAAAAAUCCUGGAAGACGGCAGACGGAAGAAAAAUUUUUUUACGGAAGAUGGCAGACGGAAGACGGAAGAAAACUUUUUCCCGGAAGUCGGCAGACGGAAGACGGAACAAAAAAAAACACGGAAGACGGAAGACGGCAGACGGAAUUCCGCUCAACACUACUCAUCAAAAUUUUCACCAAGCCGUUUGUUCUUUUUUCAAACGUUCUUGUUUUAACUGACCUUAUUCUUUUUUUUACUCACAAAGCCAUCCUCGUUAUUAUCUACUACUCAUUAACUUGUUCAAAUGAACGGCUUUUAAAACCGAAGCGAAGGCAUCUUAUGUUUUUAUUUAUUCUUUCGAAAUUGGAAUCAUCACACUGUCUUUUUGAAUAUAUACGAAGGAAUUGAGAACCCGAUUCUUAGGAGCUGUUAACGCUUUUCGCGGAAUGGUUUCGUGAAUCAAGGGUGUUAUGCGCAGCUACAAGCAGCAAGUAUUUCAAAAAUCCGAGGUGCUGUCGUAGUUUGCAGUCGAACCUUGAUUUCCUGAAUCGCUCAGAAGAUGUGGUGAGUAUUAAAGGUUUUUAUGACCCGAGUGAUGCAAGUCCCUUGUUUCGGAACUUUUUUAUAUGAAAAAACCGCCGGAUGAAAUUUUCUGAGGUGAUUGCACAAUGCUCACACAAAGUGAAAAACGUCAAUUCUUGACUUGAGAUGACUUGUUUCACUAAUUGCUUUCUUCAUGUACCCGCGCUCCCCUUAGUUUUACAGGAUCGGAAUGACUGUCCCUGGUACCCUUUUUAUAACAACAAUCAAAAUCUGCUCGUUCUUGGUCCUCCCAUGAUACCACUAGAUCAAUUUGCUUUAAAAAAUUUUUUUCUGAGUUUUUUCAUUGGGAUGAGCACAAGAAAAUUAUUUGCUAUAAUUCACAGUAAAUGAGCUACACGCGGAGACCCGUAUUUUGUCUAAAAAGGUUUUUAUUUUUAUUUUUCACUGCCCAAGAAAGCUGGUUCGAUAUCCGAAAUUGAGAAAGCGUGCUUUUGUAUCAUUGAUGUAUCUUUCUUGAGUUAAAAAUAAAUAGAAGCUAGGAUUUCCAAUGAUUGAUGAUGCUCGCUCACUUGAUUCACAUGUUCUCGCCCGACCGCUGCCCCGCUCCUCAAUUUUUUUCUCAUUCUUUACUACAUUUUAAAAUAUAGCUGGUGUAAUUUGGGAUUUGCUUCAGCGCUUCGGCUCAUUCUUGCUGGUUGCGAUGAUACUACCAACGGCAAUCACCACUGUUUUUCUUCUUGGAUAUGUUGCUGGUUUAUCGCAAUUAAAUGUUGAGAACUGUGAAGCAGGCAGUUUUUUUGUUGAGAACUACAUCAAGUACGAAUGCUAUGAAAACGAAAAUGUGCGAGGAGCUCGAAUUGUUGGUAAGUGGUUUUUGUAGUUAUGAACUAAGGAACAUAUGAACAAAGGUUGCCAACCAUCCAACAACUUGACUGGCGUGACACUUGAAGCAUGGGAGACAUUUGAUGAUCGUUGGUUCAAGUAUCAUUGUGUGAUUGAUGGAACUAAUGCUCAAUACUCUGUGAAAGGUAAAAUGCUUCUGAGAAUUUUUUAUAAAUUGUAUUUUUGCUUAGCUUGUCUGGAUCCUAUCGGAGAAGUAUUGCCUGUUGGAAAAACCCGUUCGUUUCCAGAAGGAGAGACAUUCACUUGUUUUAUUGAAUCGAACAAAGUAAAACUGAAUCACCAGACAAGUGAGCAACACAUGAUUUAUCACGCAAAAGUUCCAGCUAAUUAUGUCAUUGUUCGUCCUAAUGGAGAUGUGGAAGUCUAAAGUUAUACACAUUUUUAUAUAUCUUUCUGUAACAAUAAAUGAUUUUAAAAGACACAGAUUGUUUCUCGUCUUUCAGCUGUUGGAUGUCGCGUUGGGAAUCAAGUUUACGGAGAUGGAGCCACGUGGAUUGAUAAAAAAGAAGAUAUGAUUGUUGUAAGAUAACUCCAUCAGAAAAAUUGUACAUGUGAACAAAAGGUUGGCUCCGAGAAGAAAGUUGUUGGGUUGGGAAUUGCAAUGCAAUGCCAAAAGUUUAAGAACGGAUCUUUUGUAAUUGAGUUUGCAGGUCAAAAUACUUUAUUCUUAUUGUUUUUCUUUUUUUUUUUAGCUUGCUUGACAUCUCAAAACACGUAUAUCCGACUUGAAAACUACGGAGAUAUAGAUGGCGAAAUUGUUAAAUGUGACUUUAUCGAUGGAAGGUGCCAACUAAGACAAGCUAUAACAAAAGAAUUACGUUGCUCGGUUGGUUCCUUGAUUUAUCGCCACAAUCAAGAAUGGAAUUCUGAAGAUAACUCUACAGCCUAUGUCUGUUUGUUUGGAAAAGUGGAGAAAAAAGGUAACAUUACAAAAAUCCAUGUUUUUAUUAGUAAGAGUAUGAAACUUACACAGGAUGUUUGAUUGGUACGGUUGUGAUUCCUUUAUUUGCGGUCCGUUACAUCAACGAUUUCCCAUUUUACUGUCAUCAGGGUGCGACGGUUCAGUCAUUUGGAACAUUGAGUAAAUUUAUUCUCACCAAAUAAACCUAGUUAACAACAUAUUUUAGAAGGAUGCACGACUUCUGAUGGAAAUGUGAUUCCGUUUGAAAGCAGAGCAAGAAAUGGCGACAAAUUGGAAUCAUGUGGCUUUAAAUUUGACCAAAACGGAGUUGUUCAAUUUACAUGGACUCAAGUCGGCUGCAUCUAUGCAAAAGAAAUGAUAACAGUUAACGCGAUUCAAAAAUUCGAAGAGAACUAUGUUCACUGUGCAUCUAAUGGAACAUAUGGGCACAUUGCUAAAUUGAUGACUAAAGCGGAAGUUGAGAAAUGGCUUGCUAUUACCAAACAACAAUGGAGCAAUGUCAUUUCCGGUAUUAUUUGUUAAUGCUACAGAAUAGCUUAACAUAGUCGUCUUCAGGAAACGAAGGAGGUGGAAGAUCUGUAAAACGAGAAGUCCCAACUGUUGUGCCCUUCACUACACAACCUACUACAACCGCAACUCAAAUACCAGCGACAACUCCAAUACCAACCACAACUCCAAUCCUUCCCACAACCACCACAACAGUAGUUCCACUACCAACAUCUACAGUAAAAGAAACUCCAGCACCAAUUCCAUCUCCGACGCCAAAAGUAAAAAGAUGCGUUGAUUCAAUUGAGGACUGUGACAAACUAGUAUACUAUUGCACAACGGAUUUGGAACACUUAAAUUUUAUCAAGGAAACUAUGCAACACACUUCAUUGAGUUCAAACAAGAAAGCGAGGGUCAUUGCGUUUAUCAGUCAUGCAUUGUGAGCUAUCCGAAAUAUUGGAAAAAUUUGAAGUUUGUUUUGAAUGUUAUUCCAGAAACUCUGAUUGCUCAAACGCAAAGCCUGAUGAGAAUGAAAAAUGUUUCUGUCAAACAAACAAUUCUUGUGCAACCAGAAGCUCACAUUGUGAAUGCGAAUAUCAAAAAAGCUUCAAUAGAAAGAUUGUUCAGUCAUUGUGUCCAAAGACAUGUCAAUUGUGCAAUGAGAAACGUGAGAAAAAUUGCAAAAAUUGAGUAAUUGUGUUUCUCAGAUGAUCCAAUAUCUGCAAUCAUUGGAUCUAAAACGUCGGCAGCAUGCAUUAAUAAUAGAUGCAAUUGA